GUGCUCUCUCCACCGCCUGCACUAGCUUUAUCCCCUCUUAUUUUCGGCGAGGACUGAAACGAGGUCUACAUUUUAGUACGCAUUAGAACGUCCGAACAUGAUAAGUUUUUCGAUCCGAGGUUAUGACGCAGGCUUAUCACCAGACCAAGUUCCGAUGGACCGAGAACCUCACGUGUCGCUUCAUUCAGCUGAGAAAGGAAAAUGGGAAGCUGUUCACGGGUCGCAAGUAUUCUGCGCAGGCGGGUUGGGAAUUCAUCCUACGACAAAUGCGCGAGGAGUUUCCCACAAUCAUGGCUGACGUGCAUUACAGGGUGCUCAAGAAGAAGUGGUCAAAUUUACUCCAGCAGUACAAAGAAUUGAAAAAUCCAGUACACGGAGACAGGAACAAGGUGGAUGACGUAUCCUGGCCAUUUUAUACGGCGAUCGACGAGGUCCUUGGAUUCGCACAGAGGACUUCCAUUCUCGUUGACGACGUAGAUGACGGUCCUAUCGAUCCUCACGAAUUUCUCUGCGUAUCCGUAACGCCCGACGAGACUGCCUCACCAGACGAGGACAUCGACAUCGACAAGGAUUACAAGGACUGGAAGGAUACCAAGGACUCCAUAGAUGCUCUCCAACGUAUUCAGGCUCUACAGGAAGAUUGUUACAUUGAGAUUGAGAAGAUCCCGAGGGCACCGAAUAAUUCAGUUAAAAAUUCAAGGAUAGCAAGUCUCGUGGAAUCGAGAAGCUUGCGCGUGAAUAAGGACAAUCCCGUAUCGAGAUUACCAAGGGCGACGGAAUUGUCCUUGAAGACGGUACGGCCCUCGGCAACGAUAUCAGUGAAGGAUCUGUCCAAGUUGAAGCGCAGCCAGGAAAGUGCAUACCAGGAGGAGAAUGGCUGCGGCGCAGGUAGCAUGGACCAGUGUACCAGGGAACGUGGUAGGAAAGUGAGGAAGGUGGCUGCCGAUCGGGAUGAGAGUCACGAGUGCGCCACGGAGCGGAGACUGGCGGAGCUUCUGGAAUAUACGAAAAGACGGGAUGAGGAAAAUAGAACGAUAAUGACGAGGAUAUUGCAUGCCGUAGAGAAGAUUGCCAAUAAGAUGUGAAACUGAUAAGCCAAUAAACGUUCAAUACUGCCCAACUGAGAUAAUGAAAAUCAAAAA